CCCUCAUUUAAAUAUUUCUUAAAGCACUCCUCUCUCUCUCUCCCCUGCAAAAAUCUCAAUCAUCGGCCUUCGUUCCAUCUCUUCGUCCCUAGGGUUCUCCUUUGAUCAUCGAGUGUCCGGAGUCAACGAUCUGGGUGUUGCAAUACUCUUUGUGGGUUGAUCAAUGAGGAUCGUGGAGGCCCGAUAUGUCUUCCUUCUUCUCCUAGCAGUAUCCGCAUUUCCUUUCAUCUCAGCUGCUGAUUUCUCUCCACCCGACAAGUUCCUCCUGAAUUGCGGCGAGUCUUCUGAGGCCUUCGACACCGACAACAGAACUUGGAUUCCCGAUGUCAAAUCCAAGUUUCUGUCUUCCUCUGGGGACUCUAAGGCGUCCCCCGCUUCCACUCAGGACCCAUCUGUUCCUCAGGUCCCUUACAUGACCGCUAGAGUCUUCCGCUCCUCCUUUACUUACAGUUUCCCUGUCGCCUCCGGUCGCAAGUUUGUCCGUCUCUAUUUCUAUCCCAACUCGUACGAUGGUCUCAACGCAACCGAUGCCCUCUUUUCUGUGUCAUUUGGGCCUUACACUCUUCUCAAGAAUUUCAGUGCUUCCCAGACGGCGCAAGCUCUCACCUAUGCUUUCAUCGUCAAGGAGUAUGUGGUCAAUGUGGACGGUGGAACAUUGAACUUGACCUUCUCGCCGGCAUCCACUCCUUCGAGUGCCUAUGCCUUUGUCAAUGGGAUCGAGGUGACCUCCAUGCCUGACAUUUACAGCAGCACGGAUGGAAGUUUAGUGAUUGUGGGCUCAGCUACCUCCUUCUCUAUCGACAACGGCACUUCCCUUGAGAACGUUUAUAGGCUUAACGUGGGAGGGAAUGAUAUCUCCCCUUCUGCUGAUACGGGUCUGUAUAGAUCGUGGUAUGAUGAUCAGCCCUAUGUUUUUGCUGCGGGGCUUGGAAUCACGGAGACUGCUGACCCUAACAUGACCAUUCGGUAUCCUUCCGGCACCCCUACUUAUAUUGCCCCCGUCAAUGUUUAUGCAACCGCUAGGUCGAUGGGUCCAACGGCUGCUAUCAAUGUCAACUACAACUUGACUUGGAUUUUCAGCAUAGACUCCGGUUUUAAUUACCUUGUCAGGCUUCACUUCUGUGAGGUUUCUCCAAAUAUUACUAAAAUCAACCAGCGGGUCUUCACGAUCUUCCUCAAUAAUCAAACAGCUGACCCUGAGGCUGAUGUGGCUGGCUGGACGAAUGGGAAUGGGAUUGCGUAUCACAGGGAUUAUGUGGUGACUCCUCCGUCUGGAAAUGGACAGCAGGAUCUCUGGCUUGCUCUGCAUCCAAACACAAUUAACAAGCCGGAAUACUAUGACGCUAUUCUGAAUGGAGUGGAGAUAUUCAAAAUAAAUGAUACUAAUGGCAAUCUGGCCGGUCCUAAUCCUAUUCCUGGUCCACAGGUGACGGCAGAUCCAUCCAGAGUCUUAGACUCGCCUGCUUCUGGUCAUUCAGCCAACCGUAAGGCUGUUAUCGCAGGCGGAGUUAGUGGUGCGGUGGUUCUGGCCCUUGUCGCCGGUUUCUGUGUAAUGGCUGCUUACCGUAAACGUAAGCUUGGUGAAUACCAGCCUGCAAGCGAUGGAACAUCAGGGUGGCUUCCGCUAUCUCUGUAUGGAAACUCACACUCCUCUGGUUCAGCAAAGACUAACACAACAGGAAGUUACGCCUCCACCCUCCCAUCAAACCUCUGCCGCCACUUUUCAUUUGCUGAAAUCAAAGCCGCCACUAACAACUUUGACGAAUCCUUGGUCCUUGGGGUUGGAGGUUUUGGCAAAGUUUACAGAGGAGAAAUUGACGGUGGAACGAUGAAGGUUGCAAUCAAGCGGGGCAACCCGAUGUCUGAGCAAGGUGUACAUGAGUUCCAGACUGAAAUCGAAAUGCUUUCAAAGCUCAGACACCGACACCUUGUCUCCCUGAUUGGAUACUGUGAAGAGAACUGCGAGAUGAUCCUUGUUUACGAUUACAUGGCUCAUGGGACCUUGCGGGAACAUCUCUACAAAACCCAGAAACCUCCUCUGUCAUGGAAACAACGGCUUGAGAUAGGCAUCGGAGCAGCUCGUGGGUUACACUACCUCCACACGGGUGCCAAACACACCAUCAUCCACAGAGACGUCAAGACAACAAACAUUCUCUUGGAUGAGAAAUGGGUCGCCAAGGUUUCCGAUUUCGGGCUGUCAAAGACGGGUCCCACACUAGACCACACACAUGUUAGUACCGUUGUAAAAGGCAGUUUCGGUUAUCUUGACCCAGAGUACUUCAGGCGCCAGCAACUGACAGACAAAUCAGACGUCUACUCGUUUGGUGUUGUCCUCUUUGAAAUCCUAUGCGCGCGACCUGCCUUGAAUCCAACGCUGCCAAAGGAACAAGUGAGCUUAGCCGAGUGGGCCCCCCACUGCUACAAGAAAGGGAUGCUUGAUCAGAUAGUGGACCCUUUCCUCAAGGGAAAGAUCACGCCAGAAUGCUUCAAAAAGUUUGCAGAAACCGCGAUGAAGUGCGUUUCAGACCAGGGCAUCGAGAGGCCAUCAAUGGGAGACGUACUCUGGAACCUGGAAUUUGCAAUGCAGUUGCAAGAGAGUGUGGAGGAGAGCGGGAAGGGCGGAAUAGACAUGGAUGAGGUGAAGUACGACGAUGCUGACUGUAAAGGGAAGAAAGGAGCGGAGAAUGAGAACAAUGCAAACGGGUUUGAAGGGAAUGUGAUGGACUCAAGGAGCAGUGGGAUAGACAUUAGCAUCGGUGGUCGGAGCUUGGCCAGCGAAGAUUCGGACGGUCUGACGCCGAGUGCUGUGUUCUCGCAGAUCAUGAACCCCAAGGGACGUUGAGACGACGGUUGCUUUUGUUUAAUCUCAAUUUCUUUUGACAAUAUUGUUAUCGUUAUUUAUUUGUUUUUUGUUUACUGCGACCUGCUGCUGUGUCAUAAGCCUUGGAAUGUUGUGCUGUACUGAGUUAAGGUGUAUGUAUGUAUACCACGAGGGAGAGUGUAAAAAACAAUUGUAUUCUGCAAACACUUUGAUUGGGGAUGGAUGUACUAUUUGGCUGAUGGCA